CUCUCUUCUCUCUGACAGAAUCACAGCCACAGGCAUUCCCCAAUUUGUAAGCUACGCAGCUGAACCAACAACGCAACCACAAACCUGCGUUUCAUAAAUACCGUUUCCUUUCUCUAUCAAUCAAUCCAUCAAAUCAUCCCAAUCGCAAUCCCAAUCCCAAUCCCAAUCCGAUCCUCUCUCUUUGCAACGUAACUCUCCAUCGCAAUCUAAUCAUGGCCUCGCACUUCCAAGAAAUCUCCCUCUCCCCAUCGCCGCAGAUUUCCUUGCCCUCCAUUUCUCCAGAAUCAUUCCUCCUCAAUUUGGAAGACGCCAACAACCAGAUCGACUUUCUUUUCGCGCUCAACACUAAUCAGCAACAAGCACGACGCGACGAUUCCAUCUCCGCCGACGACGACGGCUUCAGAACGCCGACCUCUUCCGAUCACAAGAUUCCGGUGAUUAAACAAUGUCCGCCGGCGCCAAGAAGGCCGAAACCGAUCUCCUGCCGCUCGAGAAGAUCGUCGCCGAGACUAGCAUCCGGCGUUCGCAGAGGUUUCAGAGUCUAUAUCUCCGACGAAAUCGUCGAGUCGAUCUUCUCCUCAAGUUUUGCGCACCAGAAGAUGAAGAAAGCUCGGAGGGACGAUCAUGAAGAUGAGUGAAAUUUUGAAAAAUCAUGCGAAGAGUGCAAAACGACGACGGAUAGUGGACCAGCAUCCAACAAAAGUCACGAUAGAUGUGAAGUCCCACGUAGGUUUGUUUCUACCUAGUUAAGAGAGCCCUAUUGCUCCUCAAAAGAAAAAAUAUAUUUGGAUAUUUUCCAAUUUCCAUAUGGGUUCUAUAGUCAAUUAUGUGAUCCUAGAUUUUCAUCUUUUUUAAAUAGUUUAUUUAUUCG